AUGGGUGCCAAGGUAGCUACUAUAGGGAUGAAAUUGGAAGUAGAAAACUUAAGACUUCACCUUGAAAACGAAGAGAAACUUCAAAACGAAACCAAGCUAAAACUUCAAAAUGAAUCCAAAGUAAAGCUGCAAAACGAAACUAAAGUAAAACUUCAAAAUGAAACCAAAGUAAAACUUCAGAAGGAAGAUAAGUCAAAACUUCAAUAUGAAGAUAAAACAAUAUUUCAAGAUAAACAGUCAGAAUCAACCUACAUCAUACUUCAGUAUAUUUUGGAUGAGUUGAAAAACACGAAAGAGUGGUUAAAUGCACAACAUAUGUAUGAUUGGAUUGAACCGAUCCACAGCAUAUUUCUGUAUAUUUUGGAUGAGAUGAAAAGCACCAAAGAGUGGUUUAAUGCUCAACAAAUUUCUGAUUGGUCCAGAAGCAUCGAAUUAUGGUUAAAAGAUUCCUGCUUUUAUGAUUCUUUAAACGGUUUUUGCAUUUUGGGAUUGCUAUUGUUUGUUAUUUGGUUUGCUGCAUUUAUUUUUUGGAAAUUCAAACGGGGAAAUGCUAGUUAUGAUAGCUGGAAUGAAAGUCAAGAGGAAUUGUUGUCUUCGUCAUCAAUCGAUUAUCCAAUAUCUCAAGUUUUUAACAAACUUAAAGAGAUUUUAAGUACAGCAGAUACAGCUUCAAACGAUGAUGAUAGCAUUACAAAUCACUUGAAUGAUGAUUUCCUUACUUUAGUAGCCAAACGCAUAGCUGGAGAUGAAUCAAUGGAGAAAGGCCUAUUUAGUGGAGGGCUUUUAACUGCAGAAAACUUAAUGCAGUGGAGGCAAAUGUAUGAGGAAAGUUUGACAGAAAAUCUCCAAGUAUAUAAUUGUGCCAGACGUCAAGUGACUAUCAAUAUUCAUGUCCUUGUCAACGGAAGAAAAGUGUACAGAGAAGAAAAUGGUGUCAUAAAUGAAAACGAAGAUUGAAAAUUCUGGAAUUAAUCAAAUUUGAACAUUUACUGAGCAUUUUCCAAUCAUAAAUAAUUAUAUGAACAUUUAUAUGUAUACGACAAGAAAAACUUUAGAAUUUUUUAAA